UAUAUCCUAGCCAAAAAAAACUCCUCCUCUCACCGGCUCCUCCUCGUCGGAGCUCACCUCACCACCAUGCUCUCCUCCUCCCUCAUGCUGACCUGCGGCCACGCUCCCCUCCCGGCGUUCCGCAAACCGCGGCGCCUCACCCUCGAUAGAACCGCCGCCGUCACCCAAACCAACGCCUCUCUCUCCACCUUCCUGCCCGGGCGGGGAGGAGCAGCAGCCGCGCCGCGCCGGGGCUGGGCCCAGAUCUGCCGGGAUUCCUCCCGGCCGGGCGCCGAUGCCGCGGAGCAGGACAGAGAGAGCAAGAACGACUUAGCGACGGCGACCGUCCCCAAGAUUGGCGGUGGCGGCGGCGGCGGCGGGCAGCUCAGCGACUGGAUAACAUCGGUGCUGCUGUUCGGGAUAUGGGCGGGGCUCAUGUACUACGUCCUCCAGCUCGCACCAAACCAAACGCCAUACAGGGACACAUAUUUCUUGGAGAAGCUUUUAAAUCUUAAAGCCGAUGAUGGCUUUCGAAUGAACGGAGUUCUUGUGUCUCUGUGGUACAUAAUGGGAAUCUGGCCACUGGUGUACAGCAUGUUGCUUCUUCCUACUGGAAGAAGUUCAAAAAGCAAGAUUCCAGUCUGGCCAUUCCUGGUGCUUUCAUGCAUUGGAGGAGCAUAUGCGUUGAUUCCUUACUUUGUUCUGUGGAAACCUCCUCCACCUGCCAUUGAUGAAGAUGAAAUUGGACAAUGGCCAUUAAAAUUUCUCGAAUCUAAACUAACUGCAGGAGUAAUUUUUGCCGUGGGCCUUGGACUGAUUAUAUUUGCAGGCAAAGCUGGCGGUGAUGAUUGGCGGGAAUUUUUUCAAUACUUUAGAGAGAGCAAGUUUAUCCAUGUCACGUGUAUUGAUUUUACUUUGCUCUCGACCUUCUCGCCAUUUUGGGUCUACAAUGAUAUGACAUCAAGACGAUGGAAAAAUGGUUGGGUUCUGCCACUGGCAGUUGUGCCUUUGCUUGGACCCUCCUUGUAUCUUUUGCUGCGUCCAUCUCUGUCGUCUCUGCUAGGGGCAACCUCUUCAUCAUCUGACAAUGAGAAGCCUCUGAAAUAACUAGAAUGCAGCGAUGGGUUAAUUUUGGCCAUGAGUAAAUGAUAUAGUUCAAAACUGCGACACUUAUUUUGGAUCGGAGGGAGUACAAUUUAGAAGAUCAGUUAAGAUUAAAUUCUGGAGAUUGCGUUCAUCAGCUUGAUCGGGAGAAUUCUUCAGAAUUGACAUGCCAGUACAGUAUUUGCCUUGAAAAGGAAGUCUGGAGAAUGAAGAUGUUAAUCAACAUUACAUCAACUUAGCAUGCGAAUACCUCACAGAUUUCAUUUUUUUCAACAAUGAAGCCUGUCAGGUAAUCAUGUGUGCCUUCGAUUAUUUUUUCUUUCAAGGAUGAAGCCCGCCAGGUAAUCAGCAAUAUUUGUGUACUAAAGGAAAAAAAAAUCUACCGGUGAUAUUAUACUGGCAUACUCUGUUUAGGUAUAUACUCCCUCCGUUCCAUAAUAUAAGUCUUUCUAGAGGUUCCAACAA